AUUUCUGCGAACGCUGCAAAGAUAGCUCAACUGAGAAGCGCUGCAAAAUAAUAUAUAAUUUCGUCCGAGAGGGGCGCCUUGAGAUUUAGGCUUGGUACCGCAUUCCUUUUUAGCCUGUUUCCAUCUCCACAAAUAAAUUUAUUUUCGUUUAAUCUUUGUAUGGGUAAAUAUACCAAAUCUUCGUUGCCGGUCAACUUUACCCAUAAUCGACAUCUGAAAUAAAGGGAUUGUCGACAAUAUCGCAAUUUGCGAACUUCGAAAUGAUUGUAACGAUUUUAUCAGUUACUCGAACAGAUUGAAAUGAUGGAAGUUUGUUCCCGCCAAAUGAAGCGUCAAAGUCAAAUUAAGUCGAUUUGUUUUGAGGUUGUUCAUGUAUUUUGUGCAAGUUAAAAUAGUUUAAUAAUUACGGAUUAAAUCACAUGCGAUUAAUUUAGAUAAAAAUGAAAAUAGAUAGUAGACCCCUAAGAUAUGCUCAUGCAGAGGGUUAUACGGAUGUUUGCUACACUGAAGACGGACAGCAUAUAAUUACUUGCGGCAAUGACGGAGAUGUUCGAAUAUGGGUUGACAUAAAAGACGACGAUCGUAACUCCCAUUGCGUUGGAGAGAGCGCGACAGCGGUGUGUUUUAAAGACAAGAGGCUGUAUGUGGCUACUGAUAAUCAUGCUGUACAAGCUUACACAUUCCCGGCUUUCGACAAAGACGGUAUUGUCACUAGAUUUACUGCAUCGGUAACACAAAUUAUGACAAGCACUAAAAUUGAGGCUUUGGGCUGUACAUCAGAAAACAUGGAAGCAAAAAUAUGUAGUCCAGAAGGAGGUGCUCCUUUAUUUAUGAUGUCUGAACACAAAGGCCCAGUCCUCAGUAUAGCACUGUGUCCACAAAUGAAAUAUUCGGCCACAUCUUGUGGGGACGGCAUGUUGAGGAUAUGGGACAUUGACACACAGAAAAUGGUCAAAGAAAUAGCUUGUGUUCCUAAAAUUAAUACAUUUUAUUCUGCUAAAGUUAUAAAAUGUGCAAUAUCCCAAUGUCGCUUUUCACCAUGUGGUCAAUAUUUGGCGGCAAGCACCAUAGCCGGGCAGAUAGCGGUGUGGGAAGUACAGUCCGGUACUUGCACGGGCAUCAUCGAGCAUCCCACAUCACAUAAUGUUACAGCGAUAGCAUGGAACCCUAAAGGAAAUGGUGUGUUGGCGUAUUGCGAUGUGUCCGGGCAGCUGGGUGCACUGAUGAAUUGCUAUGGCAAGGACAGCAAGGCUGAUGCUGAUGCGCCUGACGAUGUUGAAAUGGUGGAGAGAGCUGAUGAUGGUAAUGACUUGGACAAUUUGAUCGAAAACUAUAACAGUGACGACGAUGACAACGCGAUAUCGCUAGAGAAGCUCAAGAAUGAAACGCUAGGGUUGGGGACAGUGAGAGACGAAGACGAGUCAAGACCCGUGUCGCGGCACGAGCCGGCGGCGACCACGGUGCCGCCGCAGGCGCCGUUCCAGCUUUCUGCGACCCCGGGACACCUUGAACAUAAAUACAUGUGCUGGAACGACAUCGGCAUAGUCCGAUGCCACACGCAGGAGAACGGCGAGUCGACCAUCGACGUAGAGUUCCACGACACCAACCUCCACCACGGGAUCAAUCUCAACAACUACCUGAAUCACACCAUGGCCAGCCUGUCUGCGAGCGUGCUGGUGUUGGCCUGUGAAACGUCUAGCAAACUAGUAUGCAUAUCGCUGGUCGGCAGCAGCAAGGAGUGGAGCGUUUCCAUGCCCGAUACCGAGGAGAUCCUGUGCGUUACGGCGGGCAGCGACGUCGUCGCGUGUGCGACUAACGCGAGGUUGCUGCGGCUGUUCACGCCAAUAGGCACGCAGAGACAGGUCUGAUGAUGCUUCGACUUCAAGGGUAAAAACGAAUAAAACCACAGAUUGUAUACGAGGAACACCGCCAAAAUAUGGCUACAGCAACAUAGAAAUGACUCCACGAAAAAAAAAACUUGUAAAAAAGUUGCAGCGAACACAGUGUUUGUUAUCAUCACUCUCAAAAACAUCCGUCGAUUUGGACAAAUUAGAUUCCGAUUUUCUGAAAAAUGUUGUAUCAGACUCUCUGAAAAAUCAAGCCCGGAAACCUAGAGGCAAGCGAUGGAAUUUAAUUAACAAAAUUUCUGCUUUACAAAUUUUUAAGAGGUCACCCAAGACAUACCGUUUUCUGCAGCAUAUAAUGCCUUUGCCCAGUGUUCGAACAAUUCAACGCUUACUUAAAGCUGUAGAAAUUA